AAUCGUAGAAUUUAUAAGUUUAUAUGUUCUGCAAUGAACAGUCACUGGGCAUUUACAAGUGCACUCGUUUUCUACUGCAACAUGAGCCAGAUGAUAAUGGAGGAGUUGACUUGGUCCUGCAUUAGGGAAUCAACAGAAGCUAUGAACCAGACAAAUAUAUUUCUAUUAUUAACACCCAAAAAAAGCAAUUAAUUUUUGUUUUUUUUCCUGCUAAUUAAGCAAUUUAUUUUUUUCUUCUCUUUUUCAUCAUUCUUCAAAAUCUGUGGAUUCCCAGCUUUGAAUAUGAUUCUAUCUCUCUGCUAUAUUUUUUCCCUUUCUUUUAAUGAUCUUGAUAUGAGGGUCUUAACCCUCUGCAUUCUCCAUAACUAAUUUUCCUAACAUUUUUUGUAAAUCAUUGAGAUGGCUAUUGAUACAAAGACUAUACAAGUUUAUUCAUGGAAAAUUCUUAGAUUUUCUAUGCGAAUUUGUUAUGAAUUUGUAUCAGCACAUCCAAUUUUUUCUUCUGUUUCUUUGUUCUUCAUCCUUCUGUUCAUGUUUUCUCCUUCAUUUUUGGCUUUUAUAAUAUAUUCCUUGCUUAUUUUGAUCUCAGCUUAUGGUUUAUAUAGAGUUUUCUAUAGUGGUGGUGAUGCAAGUUCUGAUAUUGUCAAAAGCUAUAAGAAAAACGAUGGAGACCCUUCAAAUAUGGGCAAAAAUGGCAGCAUUUCUGAUGAAGUCAAAAGUAAAAAUGGAGAGAAGUAUAUGCAGAAGAGUCGUGUCCGGGAGAAAGAUAUGGUCAUUUCUGCUGGAUCAUACGAUGACAAGGUUGAUAAAAGCGCGAAUGUAGAAGACGAAGAUGCUGAUAAGGACGUUAAAGACGUUAAAGAGGUGAAAGUAGAUUCUGGAGCUGAUGCUGCUGAGUGUUCUCCGUCCAAGGCUGAUGUUGGUUGUGAUGAAGGAUCGAAAGUAUACUCUUGUCGGAAGGGAAGUUCAGAAGCCUCUACGGAUUCGCAAGAAGAAAGACUUGAGGAUGAACAGAAGAAUGUUGUGGAGCCUGAGGAUGCCGAUACUGAAAGAAAUAAACGAUUGGAGAAUAUGAUUGCAAGACGGAAAGCAAGAGACAUAUUUCGUUUUCAGGUGAGACAUACUCUGAUGAGGCGGGGCAAGAAUGACCCUGUCGAGCAUCUUGCUUCUAUUUUGGUGCCGAGAAACAAGCUCCUUGUUCCCAGCCAUGUGAAUGAGCAAGUUUCCCCCGGAUCAGCCCCUUCAGUUUUGUUACCAAUGCACAAUCCUUUUGACAUUCCUUACGAGACACAUGAGGAAAGGCCUAACCUGACAGAUGAGAGUUUCCGACGAGAGUUCUUGACAGAACAGAAGGACUUGGGGUUGUGCAGGAGCGCGAGCUUCAGUUGGGGUGCCGUGUUUUCAUUAGAUGCCAUCGGAGAUGAAGAUGGAGUGGUCAGGAAUGAUACUUCAUUUAAGCCAAGGGCUCCGCAGAAACUUAAAAUCUCAGUCCCAAUGGAAAGUCAUUUAGAGCUUGAAAAAGAAUCGUGUCGAGAAAAAGAGGCAACAUCCAGUGGAUGCAGUGCCGAAGAACAUGCCACCCGAGAAGGCCAAGCCGCUCAACAGGGACCUGAUUCUGCUGACAUUCAUCAUACGGAAGAUAAGGGUGAAACACAACCGGAUGAAACAGUAAGGGAGAAUAUCGGUGUUCUUGAUUCUGUUGACAGACAUCACAAGGAUGAUAAGGGUGACAAAAAGAAGGAUAAAACAGUAGCUGGAAAUAUUGGUGUUGGAUCAAGCUCAUCGUCUUCGUCAGAAGAAGGUUUGCCAAUCAGCAAGCCAAACAAAGAAGCGAUUUUAAGAUCCCUUCUUUCUUUCCAGAGAAACGCAGCUCCUUCUAAAGAUGAUGAUGAAAUGCAAGUGAAUGGUUUUACACAUGAUACUGAUCAAACUACUUCGCAUCAUAUCAAAUCAGAUGACAGUUUCUUGUAUGCUACUCGAGUCUUGAAUAAUCAUCCUCGUAGCAGUUCUUUAGCUUCAGACAUGCUAGUGGAGGUCUCAGAAGUCAGUUCACCUCGAAGCAUUUCAUCUGUAGACGAAGAAUAUUCAGAAAAUGAAGAAGUAAAGGAAGGUUCUUCCCAUCUAUCUCAAGUUGGUACAAGUGAUGAAUCAAAUUCGAGAGAAGGACCUGAAAUCAGUGAUCAGCAGCACAUUUCUAGAGAAGUAUCAAGAAUAAACCAGGAAGCAGCAUCAGAUGUGCUCGCAGAAAAAGUUUUUGAAGAGAAUUCUAUCAAUUCUACUGAUUCAUUGUCAUCGCUAAGGACAGAGAUGCCGGACAGCGCUCAAACUCAAUCACUGAAUUCCAACAUAGAGGGCUUGCUGGAUUCGGAUUCGUCAGAGAAGAACUUAGGGGACAUUACCAUGUCUAAUGUGAGUGAUUCCAAGACUCCAACAAACGACAACCUGGAGGAAUCAGAUACAGCAAAUAAGAUGGACAAUGACAUUCCCGAAUCAUCUGAUGGAAGUAACUCCAAUUCUGUCAACCAUCAGGAUCUCUCGAAGUCAUCCUUACAAAAUCAGCAACAAGAGAAUAAAGAGAAGUUCAAAGAUGAGAAUGGAGAAUCAGAGUCCCAACCUUCACAGAAUAGUUUGUCAGAUAAUUCCACGCCUGUUCAAAGCAAUCACAGUUUACGAUCACCUGAAAACAGAAGAGACGAAGAUGUUGUUGCAGAACCCGUUGCAGAACCCGAGCUCUCUGCAUCUUCUCCUGAGAAUGAAGCUUCUGGUGUGGUGUCAGAAACUGAAACUCAGCAAGUUCCUAACAUCUCAUCUUCAGGUUCUUCUCCCAAGUCUGUGUUGCAACCAAAGUUUUCAUGCGAUAAUGUCUCGUCGUUGGAUCUUAAUCAGGGAACAUCCACGGAGCAUCAACAACCUCAUAAUGAGAUAGUUGAUGAUGAUUCAGUGCUACCAGUACUGAAUGUAAAUCAUUCUGCAUUUCAAAAUGUAUCCCCCCGACAAGACGAUUCGACUUCCCAAACAUCUCAUGCCAUAGAUAGACUCCAGAGCCCAAGAUUUUCCGAUGCUCUAUAUUGUGUCCCUUUCCGAUCUACACCUGAAGAAUGUCAAAAUCAUGAUGCUUCGAUAACAACUUCAACCAGCAAAGUUGAUCAGGAUAUACAUGAUCCCUACCCUCAUCAGAGCAAUUUCAACCAAGAGGCUGAUACCAGUAAUCAUAUCGACAACUCAGUUGUUAAUGACAAUCAGGAGAGAACAAACCGGGAGUCUGUUGAAACUAUUGAAGGUGCUAACCAUAAUGAAUCAUCAAUGCAGACAGAGAAUGCUGCAGUUUUUAUAGAGCCAUCUAGUUCAAAAUCUAUUCAAGAUACGGAAGAAGGUAAUAAGGAGAUAGAAAAACAGGAAGGUGCAUCUGGCACAACUAAAUCUACAGAAGGAAAUUCAGAAUCAGGCGAUUCAUAUUCAUAGCUCUGUGAGGCUGAAAUGUAGUUUAAGUAGGUUGAUUUUAUUGCCUUGUAGAAGUUUAAAUCUAAAAAUGUAGAGCAUAUUCUUAAUUUCUCAUGUAAAUCAGUCUUUUAAGCUGUGGAAGUACCAUCAAUCAGUUCUGAUAUCACAACACUAUCAAAAUACUACGAUUUAAUCCUUCAACCCUACACAGGAAGAUCUCUUUACUGGAAAGACCUAUUUAAAUCACAGAAUUGUCUGUACCUGUCUCUCCUCUCUAGCCAUGACUAUCAAAAG